AAUGAACUUAGACGUCUAACCAAACGAAACUCAACCUAAGCGCUUAAGAGCGAAAAGUUCUUAUCCUCAUCCCCCCUUUCUUCCCUCCUUUCUUAGGUGGUUGACAAGCCAAGACCAAGUUCUCUACUUUAAACGCCUAAAAAAUCCAUCACCCAUUUCUACUUUGAAAUGGCAGCGUCCUUUUCUUCCACUACCCUUUUCAGGCCCAAUCUUAAUCCUCCCAAGUCUUUCCUCUCUCAUUCAGAUUGUGCCCAGAAGGGAUUCGGUCGCGUGAAGUGUCAUUUCAUCAAUGUUAGUGCGCACUCGUGGAGCUCGGCUGCGAACUACGCUAGUAUUCGUCACGUUGCCGUUAAAUCAUCCGGCAAACACGUCGUUGUUAAACAUUUGCUACGUAAGAGAGUUGGACUCGUGAAGUGCGCAACUAUUGAAGAAAUCGAAGCAGAGAAAUCUUCCAUUGAGAAAGAUGUUAAAGAAAGAAUGGAGAAGACAAUUGAGACGGUUAGAGCGAAUUUCAAUUCCAUAAGGACAGGGAGGGCAAACCCAUCAAUGCUUGACAAAGUUGAGGUGGAAUAUUAUGGAACUCCAGUCAGCUUAAAGAGUAUAGCUCAAAUCAGUACUCCUGAGUCAAGUUCUCUAUUGAUUCAGCCCUUUGACAAAUCCAGCUUAAAGGCUAUAGAGAAAGCUAUAGUUAACUCUGAUCUUGGUAUGACUCCAAACAAUGAUGGUGAAGUCAUUCGCUUGUCUCUCCCUCAACUGACAACUGAAAGAAGAAAGGAAUUGUCGAAAGUUGUGGCCAAACAAGCUGAAGAAGGGAAGGUGGCAGUGAGGAAUAUAAGAAGAGACGCCCUUAAAGCCUAUGAAAAACUUGAGAAGGAGAAAAAGCUGUCUGAAGACAAUGUGAAGGACUUAUCAAGUGAUUUGCAGAAACUCACAGAUGAGUAUAUGAAGAAGAUUGAUGGCAUCUACAAGCAGAAGGAGAAGGAGUUGCUGACGGUCUAGUGUUUGUUUGUACAAAGAUGUAACGUGUUGAUCUUCCAUUUCUAUUGAGACAAAAAGAAAAAUAAACUGGUUGUCUUUGCAUUACUUUGGUGCAUAGUAUUUAUAUCUUACUUGCAGAAGAGCAUGUUGAAAGUUAAUAUGUUAUGGGUAGAUAUCUUGUUUUGGUCGGAGUGGGAAAAAAAGAACAAAAUUCAUCACCUCUGCUUAAAAUUUUUUACUGUUUGUGAGAGCUCUGUGGUGUAUAAGUAGCCGAACAGAGCCUACUGGCCUGGGUUUUUUUGUGUUGAUGUACAAGGUAGUUGUAUGGGGACUAUAUGGAGCAGGGCCAAGUUUGAGAAUGGCGUGUAAAUUUCAUAAGGAUGAUGCUUGAAAUUACUCAAUAGACUUUCAGUCGUGCAUCGAUGCCUUGAAUCCGACUGUUGGUA